AUGCUAACGUAUUCGGACAUGGACGAAGCUCCGUUUUGUCACGGAACGCUGGUAGACAUUUGUGGAAUGUACUACGUGGUUGUCCCUGGUCAUUGCUUGCUUGCCGGGAAAAGUUUCGUAGUCGCCAAUGCCAGGGCGGCAGUCAUAAAGCAGGAAUUUGUGCCCUUGUUCGUGACUGAUGAUGUGGCCCUGAUUCACUUCAGGGAAAGGAUUAGUCCUAGCUUGACCAUUCAAUCUGUAAACAUUCCACGUGCGAGUGACGCUCAAAUACUGACGCCGGGAAAGCGGUUUACCAUUUACACGUUUGAUGAUCGUCCUGGAAAACAUGUCAUCAGAAGAUUUCGAUUGGAAACCACUGACUCGCGUAAGCUUGCAUCAUUGGAUUUGCAUUACAGGCAGGAAAACCAGAUCAGUGCGAUUGAAAUUUCCUUGUCAGGUGAAUUACACGAGGGCGCAUCGGGUUCCGCGGUUGUGGGCAUAACUGGAACCAGACGGGUGAUUUACGGCUUUUUCACCGCUAAAAUCAAACGGAACUACGUCAGUUUCAGCGACAUGGUAGCUUACAGUGAGUUUGUGCAUGCUGCAGCCAGACAUUUGCCCCAGUUGGAGGACGGUGCCAUCCGAAAGCUUCGUCGAAGCGGGACGUCCUUCGUAUUUGAUGCCUGA